CUAAUAAAUACUAGUGCAUGCUUUAACCCACUGAAAUGGCUUCAAGAAGGCCUCUUAAUUGCAGAAUCAGCUUUUGUACUCUUUGACACUAUUCAAAAGAGCCAAAGUAAAUUGCACGAGCCACCCCCAGACCCCCUUCUACAGUACUGGUAUGUUUAAAUCGUGAGGUGACCUCACGGUUAAUUCUUCGAAAGUUCGCGCCAUUAUUCUCGCCUCCAUCAUGAGCGAUCUGCUUGUUCUGGACUUAGAUCAUGUUGGUGAUUAGAAGAGUUUCUCACCAUCGCUGAGCCACACGAAUCGAAUCACCCGAUACACAAAGCUUUGGAAACCACAGCUACUUCCGCUGAACACAAAGGACAAUGAUACGAUUUCUAUUGAGCUGGUCGACUCUUUGGCUGUGUGUAGCUGUCAUCGAAGCGGGUGGUUUCGAUGUCUACUACAUGGGUGAUGCAUCCUGCAGCCAAGGCGGAUAUGAAUUGCAUCUGAACGCACUUAGUGUAGACUGUGGGAACGGCAAUGGCGGAUCAUGUUCCUUGAGCGAAGGGGACGAGCUGGAUAUCUCGGCAACAUUCACAACACUAUACUCGUUUCCAGAAAAAUUUCGAUUAUGGGCAAAGAUCUGCACUCCGUAUGGUGAAAUUGAUUCGAGUGGUUGCAAGAUGAUCACCUACAAUACCCUCAUUUAUGCCUGUGAUUACUUGGGUGGUAAUUGUCCCUAUGCCGGAACAUACAACGCCGAAGCCACCUUGACUCUAUCCGAAAGUACCGUGGAGUACUUGCAAGAUACGGGCUAUGAAAGUUUCAUGAUCGUCCUUCGGGCUUCCGCAAGCGGAUACCUGUCCAAUAAUGCCUAUGGCGUCUCCUGCAGUAUACCACUAGUGGCGGCAUACAACGAUGAAGAUGAUGAUGGGAACUCUGAAUACUACAGUUCUGGCAGUUACUACCAGGUCAGUUCCGUGGGGCUGGUCUUUGUUCUACUGAGCCUUGUUUCCAUGUACUUGUAUGGAGGGAAACAGCGGCGGCAAUGUGCGACACAGGCGAGAGAGGAAUCGGACGAAAAGGCUUCAGAGUUUGUCCUGAGCUGAUAUGCCGGAAUCGCCUACACUUGAUAGCAAUUUGCUUUCUUGGGGUAACUGUCUGGGGCAUAUACCAUACAUGCAUGAGCAAUGGCACUGGAAGGGUCAGUCAGCUAACAACACACAAAACACACUCUAAACACACGUACAGGCCCGCAGAGAAAGGCCUUUCCUUGGCACUGACGGGUCAGCUCCAGGUUUUGGUAUCGCUCGUCGCCAGUCUACAUGUUCCUUGGAGGUUAUGUUCGACCGAGAAACCGAGGAUCGAUAAAGCUUCAUGUUUGUACGGUUCAAGAAUCAUCUCUUCUACAAUAUCCCGCAUUACCAGUAAGCCUAGCUAGCCCAUUAGUUGUUCAGAUAAAUGUUCCAAUUGAGGCAUGUUGCGAUGAAAACCCAUCCACAGG